UCAAAGGUUUCCCCUUUUCAUCUGGGAAGCAAAUGCAAAUACUGAUAUAAUAUUUAGUUCAUAUAAUAUUUAGUAUAACCUACAUAUGUUUUAUGUAUUACAAUUUACUUACAACAUUGUGAAUAAUGUAAUGUUUAGUUUGAGUGAAAACUUUAAGUGGCACAGACUCAGACAACGUCCCUAUCUCAUGUUAUUACAUGAUUACAUGGCUCAGUCAGUUGGGUACUAAAUAUUAUAGUAAUUUAAAAAAGAACACUACUUUCGCAAAGAUACAGAAAGUCGACGAUUACCUUCCUUUUCAGCCAAUGUUCUCGGAAUACAAGAGUAAUUCCAACACAUUGUGAGUUCUGAUUCAAUUGUAGCUGUCACGUGCAUAAUGGGCAUUCCGAAUGCCGAAUGGAGGUCCAUUUACAAUAAAAUAAAAUCAAGAAAAUUGUACAUGUUAUAAAUUAUAUAUUUUGGUAAAACGUUAACACAAGUUACAUAAAUGACAACAUUUGGAUGGAACCUUUGCACAGAGAUAUCGCUUCGACUUUUGUACUGCAAAAGCGAAUCAUACAGUUGAAUGUGCUAGUAGUAGUUGUAUUAAUACUAAAAUCUAAACAUUAAAACACACACAAAUACCUUAACUAAUGUACAACAAAUGGAUCCGUGUCUGUUUUUGUGUCGGUUAGUUCAGUUGACAGAAGCCAAACGUCUGAAGUAACCAGGAAGUCUAGUUUCUAGCGCAAAGCAUUUUGGUUACUGUAGUUUCAAAUGUGCCAUUAAACUGUUUUACCCUGGUUUAAGAAUAACAAAUCUAUAAGGGUAUAUAUAGUUCAUAAAUCAGUAAAAGCAUUUGGGCGCAUUUUGAAUCAUGUUUCAUGUGAAAACAGUGUGUUUUUGUUGUGUAUGAUCGUGAAGGUCGUGUCGGUAUUGCAUCACUAGGAGUCAGUAAACACUAAACUCUCAUCACCGUCGACGCACUAGCAGAGCCACGAAAAAGAAUUGGCGGAAACAACAUGAGUGAAACCAACAUGGCGGUGAAGAGCACACUGUCCAAACUUCUGUCUUUGAAUGGACUGUGUGCUAUUUAUAAAAAACAAGGACCAACAUCUGCACACGUCUUAAAUGAAUUUAAAGAGACUUUGCUUAAAGAAGCCGGUGUAAAAAACGUUAACCCAAGAAAGAGACAGAAGCAUGAUCUAAAGGUGGGACAUGGAGGAACAUUGGACAGUCCCGCCAGUGGAGUUUUAGUUGUUGGAGUAGGAAAAGGCACUAAAAUGCUCAGCACCAUGUUGACUGGAUCAAAGAAAUACACUGCUGUGGUGGAACUGGGUAAAGCAACAGACACACUGGAUGCUACUGGCAAAGUGAUUCUGGAGAAAGACUUUGAUCACAUCACCAGAAUGGACAUUGAGGAAAAGCUCAAAGCAUUCACUGGCAACAUCAUGCAGGUUCCACCACUCUAUUCUGCUCUGAAAAAGGACGGCCAGCGUAUGUCUCACUUGAUGAGCACGGGUCAAAAGGUUGAGCCCAAACCUGCCAGAGCGGUCACCGUGUACAACCUGACCCUGCAGGAGUUUGAGCCUCCUCUCUUCACUCUGGAUAUUGAGUGUGGUGGAGGAUUUUAUGUCAGAAGCCUGGUAGAUGACCUGGGGAAAGCUUUGUCAUCCUGUGCUCACAUGAAGUCACUAGUACGGACCAAACAGAGUCAGUUCACUCUGGAGGAGCACACCCUGCACGAGGAGCAGUGGACACUGGAAAAUGUCAUGCGUACUCUGCAGCCCUGCCCGGACACUGAGCAGAAUGAGAAACAGUCAAAAGACAAAACAAAGAAAAAAUGUGACAAGAAAUCAGAGCUAAAAUGUGACAAGAACUUAGAGGAAAAAUCUGAGCAAAAAUCUGAGGAAAACCUUGUAAAAACAACCAAAAUGGAAAACACCACUUGAUACCAGCUUGACUGAUAUUUUUUGGGUCACAUCAGUCCAAUGUCUUCAAUUCACACUGGACUUAUGAUCAGCUUUUUUUUUAAAAAAAAUGUAUUGUCUUUUAUUUGCUCUGUAAAUAAUUAUAGUUUAGAAAUGAAUGAUCACACCUGAUCACAACUCUUUACCUCAUCUGUUGUAUUUUUCCUUAGACGUUUUCUCACAGAGUUAUAAUGAAAAAGGUAAGUGAACAGUUUACUUAUCGUGGUUUUUUUUACAGCUCUCUAUUCAGUUGUGCCAGGAGAAAUAACGAAACAAUCAGACAUUGCUGAUGACAACAUUUGAAGUGAUAUUGUAUUUUUUGUGUUAAAUAUGAGAGAACACCAGAUAGUACUGUUUAUUGGUGUAGAAUAUCUGUAAAUGCUGACUUUUUAUUUUUAAGUCUCUUAAAGCACUUGAUGUAUUAUCAGUUCUUGAGCACUGUAAAAACAAAACACAGUAUAUGGAAAUCAAACAAAUCUAUGUGUGGAGUACAGCAUCCUAUGUUGUGUUAGGAGCAGGACUAUUUUUUAUUUUCCAGAUUACAUAUUCCAAGUGAAACUAA